AGAUAACGAGGUUCCUGUCUGUCUCGCUCUUGUGUCUCUGACAGCAUAUAAAACCAUGCGUGAUCCUCAGACUGCAGCAGAGUUCAGUGCAGGUGUAUGACAGAUGAAUACAACCAUGACUAUAAUCACAUUCUCUGGACUUCUUCUUUUGUGCUCUGUAUUCAUAGAUGCUAAAGUGGAGAUCAUUGCCAGUGACCCUGAUGUGAAGAUGGGAAGUAAUGUUCUACUCUUGUGCAAAGCUGAUGGAGAAGGAGAUUUCAGCUGGUUAAAGGAUGAUGAAGAGAUUGAUGAAGAUCGUCAUUUAAUCGAGAAAGUGGAUGAAUCCUCAAGUAAACUCAAGCUGAUGAACAUCCAGUUGAGUGACAGCGGGGUUUAUACCUGCGUUUACGAAAGUGAUCAAGGCACACGGAGGAUCAACUAUCAGAUCUAUGUGUAUCAGGACCUAGACUUUGGCACCACGAAGAUCUAUCAUGAAUUUCUUUUGAGCCAGACAGCGAGCAUUCCCUGUGUGGUGUCUGGGAAGCCCGAGGUGGAUGUCCAGUGGUAUCGGAGCGAUCGCAUCGUUAAUGAUGACGGUAGGGGUGGUGACCACGCCGCAGGUUCUUCUGAUCAUUCAUGUGGUAGAGGUCAUCUCAAAAUCUUGCCGGAUAGAUCCCUCCAAAUUGUGAAUAUUCAGCAGGAAGACCGUGGCACCUACACCUGUCAGGGCAGAAUCAAAGGACGCCCCAUCACCAAGUCUCUUGAUAUCUCUGUGGUGGUUAAUGAAUCACCAACCGUAAUAAUACGUCAAGAAAGAAAGAGUGUUUUUGCCGGACCCAAUACCAGCGUCUCUAUAGUCUGCCUGGUGAAAGGAGUACCAACCCCAACUAUUUCAUGGAUAACCCCGUCUACUUUUGAUGAAUCCCGUUACCAAUACAACUCAGAUAAGAGUGAGCUCACCAUCUCGGCUGUAACCAGGAGUGAUUUUGGAGAGUAUGUCUGUACAGCUACCAAUAAGAUUGGGGAAAACAGUGCCAGAUUUAUCCUGGAUGUUUCAGAGCGUCCGACAGUAGUGUUGGAUGAAAGCCGGUUGACUCUCCUUCCAGGCGAAACUGGAUCGGUGCUUUGCAAUGCCACAGGACAUCCAGCACCAACCAUACAGUGGGUCAGAAAGACCAGCCAAGCAAAAAUGACGAGCGUGAGGGGAUCUGAGCUGAUUCUUGAAAAUGUGACGCCCUCUGAUGGUGGCUUUUACUCGUGCAUGGCCAGCAAUGUAGCCGGCACAACCACCAAAGACUUCCAGCUGAUAACUUGGCCUGAGACACCCACCAAGUUCACUAUGGCCGCGGGAUCAUCAUCCUCUAUCGUCAUUCAGAGUGCCAAAGUUGAGGACGGAGGGUCACCCGUUACCCAUUUCAUCCUUGAGUGGAAAAAACCCUCAGAGGACGACUGGAGUCAAGUUACCGUCAAGUCCACAAGUCCUCUGGUGAUUAAAGCCCUUGAGCCGUACACAGAGUACGCCAUUCGAUUUGCAGCUAAAAACGCUUUUUAUCAGGGGAACUUCUCUGUCGAGCAGAGGAUCUUUACAGAGUCACAACGUGAACCCAGCACCCCUGUUCUCUCUCUAAGCGAGAAGAAAUUGGAGAAGAACUCAGUCUUAAUCCCCAUUAACCAGCUGAAUGAUGGAGAACCAACCUUACACUACGUUGUACGAUACAGAGUGAAUAAAGAGAAUGAGGAAUGGACAGAAAACCAAAUACCUGGAAACGAAAGCGAAAUCUAUCUGGAUAAUCUCCAGUACAACGCUGACUAUCAGAUGGAAGUUUUCGCUGUAAACCAUAACGGCUCCUCCAGCCCGGCCAAUGUUAACUUUACUAUCCCACAACCUGUUAGUCAGACGAGUUUAGGUAAAGGUGGUGUUGUGGGUAUCGUCAUGUUCGUCUUUCUGGUGGUGAUGUCAUCUGUGGAUGCUUUCUGCUGCUAUACAAAUCGCUGUGGCCUGAUUAAUUUCAUCGCUCGCAAGCUAUUCGGACACAAAGAGUCGGACUCUAAAGGCAUGGAUGAAGAGGCAAAUAAUUCCAAUGGAGACGUGAAGUUGAGUGGGCUUGAACUACCACGAGGCAGCAUCCCCAAACUUCAGACAUCCAAUGGGGCAGUGAAUGGCGUUCAUUCAGAGGUCACGUCUGACAAAGCGCCUCUUACCAAAUUCGAGAAAAAGCCAAGCCUUACUGAUCCAGCUACAGAGUCGUAGAUCAAGAGCACCAUUCGAAACUUCACAUUCAUCUCAGGAUGUCUGAUUUUGUGCUUAAAGGUGAAAAGCGUGCUAUUUUUCUGUUAAAAUAAUUUCUCGUAUCUUACUUCACCUUUAAGCACGUCAGUCUAGAACAAACAUACAAACAUCAGCAAGACGACUGUGAAUCACAGGAAGAAGUUGGGAUCUUGUGUGAUGCAAACCCAUGUAGUUGUUAAAUAGUAUUUGUGUACAGAAUGUAUGUUGAACUUUGUGUCGAGUUUGUGAUCAAUGCUGCUUAAUCUGAAUGUACAGUAAGUUCAGUAACAAGCAGAAAUGCAGCUAUUGCCCAGUUUAUAUAGAGUUUGAUAUUUGAAGUAUAUUAUUACUGUAAUGGGAGCAAAACGUUUCUCCAGGGUAUCACUACUGUUAAUUUAUUGUGCACUAUGCUUGUAGAAAUAAUUGUAUAAAGUUAAGACAGAAGUAACUAUUACGUUUUAUAUAACUAUUAUAUACGUGUUUUACCAAGUUAUAAAAUCCUACAUUGUUACAAACAAAUGUAGAUGUACUGUAAAUACAUGCAGCAAGAUGUACAUAGAUUUAAACACUGAUGUUUUUUACUGUAUAUUGUACAUAUUUAUUUCUUUUAUGCUUUUAUAUCUAUUGUAAUGUAUAAACCCAAUUAUACUUUCGUAUUCAUCCAUUUAUGAUCUUUAAUAUUUGUAUUCAUCCUUAAAUGUAUACACAACUAUUGACAUUUCAUGAUUUUGAAUAAAAAGAAAACACAUAUAUA